CAUAGAGGGCGCUUCGAGACAAAAUAAGGAAGUAAAGAAAAUGUGAAGUCUUCUGCUGGAAAAUAGUAAUAGAAAAUGAUUAGAUCUACGUUUCUUUCUAAUUAGCAAGCUUACGAGUACAUCGAAAGAUGGGGAAAGAUCAAGAUUUGCUGGAAGCUUGUCGCACUGGCAAUGUCAUUGCUGUCGAAAAGCUGUUAGCUGGAAGACUUAGUGCCAAGAGGGGAUCCAAACAUUCGUUAAGUGGAGGAGCUCUCUCAACGUUAUCUAAAAGUUUAUUGAGCUUAAAAAGUGCUAACGUUAACUGUGCAGAUGGCAGUGGUGAGACUCCCUUACACUUGGCAGCUCUAAAUGGACAUAAAGAAAUAGUUUUAAUGCUGUUAGAGUGUGAAGCUAAUCCAACUAUACUUGAUACACAAGACUGUUCCCCUUUACAUCUUGCAGCCUGGAAUGGUCACACAGACAUAUGUAGUCAGCUUUUGCAGGCUGUAAAUGGCCAAACUCUAAUUAAUCUACAGACUAGAGAAGGUAACACAGCUCUACAUUUCGCAGCACAACAUGGACACACCCAAACUUUGCUUCUUUUGUUACAGAAUCGAGCAGAUCCUACCAUUCGCAAUCUUGAAGACCUAUCCCCACUUGAUCUGGCAGCCCAGUAUGACAGGCUUGACAUAGUCAAGCAGCUGAUUACUUCUCAUCCUGAACUUGUUGUCCAGAGAUCCUUGACCAUAACACCCUUGCACCUUGCUUCUAGAAAUGGCCACAGGGCUGUUGUUCAGUUUUUGCUAGACUCUGGUUUUGUCAUUGAUGCUAAGACUGACAAAGGAACAGCCCUGCAUGAGGCUGCCAACUUCUGUAAGCUGGAUGUCAUCAGGCUGCUAUUAGAGAGAGGCAUCGACAUAACAGUGAAAUCUCAGACAGAUUGUACAGCUGAAGAUAUUCUUAGAUCAAUACCAUCUAAGGCUGCUGAAGAUGCUUUGAAUAUCCUCAAAUCUCACAUAUACCAUCAACGAACCCCUGAUUCUGAUGGGGAACGAGGCAUUGUGGAUGCAACCAGCAUUGUUGUUCCUUUAGCAACCAGCACAGCUUCAGAAACACAUCAGCUUGCUAAAACCAUUCCAGCCAUUACUAACACAGGCACUCCCACUGUUCCAAGCAUUGUUGAAAAAAAGACAAACCUUAUUAGUAGACGUCGACAAAUUGUUACUUGGGUCAGUCUUCCACCUAAUCCUGAUCUUUCAUUGCCUCCUCCUAUUCCACCUCGCCAGUCAGUCAGGGUACCAGACAGAAGUGACAGCAUUAAUGAAUCCAAUUUGUGGAGUGAAAGGAUAAAAGAAACUGAGCACACUGCCAGCCCAAUCCCCUUUGCAGGUUUAACACCAAUCAAGAUACCAUCUGAUAGAGAUGUGUCCAGUGAUGAAGAUAAAACUAAGCAACUUACUGCUAGUCCUAGAGAUAUCAGUCCCUCAGCAAGAAGUCCAUCUGAAUUACCUAAAAAGCCCCCCAGGAAAAAGCCUCUGAGCUUUCGACGCAAUGAUCAGUUUCAGCCGUCAUCAGGGGAUAGCACAGUAGGCAGCAACUAUGUAAACUUUGACCCUGAAGUAGAGAGGGCUUUACUGGAGGCCAAGAUUUCUGAAUCUCAAGAUAAGUCUAAAAAUGACCAGCAUGCAACUGUGAUACCUGAAAAAAUAAACUCAGAAAUAGAAAACAAUGCCCCUAUACAAAUGACCUCAGUACGGAAUGAAGAUGUGAAGUCUGAAAAUGUUGACCUUGAGCCUGCUGUAGCAGAUGCUGAAGUAUCAGACAAGAAAAGUGAGCCGUCAUCCAAACCCCCCACAUCACUAGACAUACAAAAGUCAGGGACAAGUGGUCCAGAGCCUGUGCCUCGCUCUCCAUCUCAUCAUCGGCAGCCUCCUACCCCAGACUGCCCCCCACCAUCGCCGGGGACAGCACUUCAAAACAUUCACAGGAAGAUUCAACCCAUGGAAAAAAGAAAAUCUCGAGACAUGGAAACCAUCACUGACCUUUCUCUAACUGGCCAAGACGAUGCCAGUCCCCACAAUGUCUCCUUGGCGAGCAUGGACACACUAACUCCAGUCAGCGAAGAUUCUGGGGCCACAACCAAUGGGACCCAGCCUAGCAAAAAGAAGCCAACACCCCUUCCUCGUAAAUCUAGUAUUUCUUCUGAAACCAGAGAUAUAAUAAGGCCACCACCGUCUAGCCAAGAUUCAGGCAGUCAUGGAGAUGGACCCUCUCAAAAAUCAGAGGUUGAAAGCUAUGGUGACCCAAACAACCUUACCCAUGGUCAUGCUGGGCAGUCAAUGAACAGCGACAGAGUCCAUUCAUUUAGGAGAUCCAGUUCAGACUCUUCAACCACCAGCAGCACAUUCAUGGAGAUAGAGGACAGUGUGGUGGAAAUGAGACGGCCACUAAGCGUUGGAGUAGAAAGCAGUGACUGGGAAGGACAUGCCUUUGCAGGUCUUCUAAGAGGCUCUGUCAUUGGCCCUGCUAGAGAUGUUGUCCACCAAUUGAGUGCUAGUAAUGCUCUGUGGAAGAAGAGGAAGUCCACGCUCUCCACGUUUGCCCCUGUGAUGGAGGAAGACAAAGACAUUGACUUGGAGAAGACAUUUAGAGCCAUAGACAACAUUCAAGUAGUGAAAGAUGCUGACUGCAAGAAGUCUGAUGAAGAAGUCUUUGUGGAUGAUGAGGAGGACUGGGCUAAGAUCAAUGCCACCUUUGCAGAGUUUGGUGUGAGCAUUGGCAGAGAGUCUGUGUUCAUACGUGAGCAUGAAGGAAAAUUCAGGCAGUUUUUAACAUCAAAUGAAAAAGGUGAGAACAAGAUACAGAGUGUGGGAGAAUGGCUGACAGAUAUUGGUCUGCCACAGUAUGAGAACACCUUAGUAGCUAAUGGCUUUGAUGAUACAGACUUCCUAGGUAGCAACAUACUAGACGAACAAGAUCUCAUUGUCAUUGGUGUUGAUAAUGCUACACAUCGAAAAACUAUUUUAGAAGCUUCAGCCAAGUUGCCUCUUCUGCAGCCUAUUGAUGCCAACAAUGUACCUCAAACUGUAGCAGAGUGGCUUGGCUCCCUACAGCUAGACUAUUAUUUUGAUACUUUUAUGUCUCAUAAGUAUGAUUCCAUGGACAGGGUGGUCAAGAUAUGGGAAUUGGAGCUGGUUACUGUAUUAGAUAUCUCAUCUAUUGGUCAUAGAAAGAGAAUACUAGCUUCACUAGGAGAAAGAAAAGUGGAUACUUCAUCUAGUCCUGCCAGGACCAGGCUACCUAGUCUGGAUAGCCUGACAGAACCAAGGUCACCAUUUGAACAUGUAGACCUAUACAGAGACUACACUGGAGUCAGGUCCAAAGUUACAGACAAUGGAAGUAACUCUGACCGUCCCCAGGAAACACUUUUAGAAUUCGACCCAUCAAGUCCAUUAUCACCUGGCCUGGGCAAAGCCAUCAGAGACAGCACCAUACACAUCCGAGCCCCAAACCUGAUGCACUACACAGGAACCAUCAAACAAUGGAGACACAAGCCAGAGACUCUUAUAAAGGGAUGCUGCAAUUACACUGCUCAUUACUUAGGAUCUACACUAGUAAAAGAAUUAAAUGGGCCAAUGUCCACCCAGGAGGGUAUCACAAAAUUAAAGCAUCGUUUGCGCAGGAAACUACAGAAAUCUUCCGAAGUCAUCAGCAAGAUACCUUCCAUUAUGUUGUCCAUUUCAUUCAAAGGUGUCAAGUUUAUUGACGCUGUUUCUAAGAAAGUUGUCUGUGAUCACGAGAUCGCCAACAUCUUCUGUGCCUGCCAGGAUGGGGAACACUUAAACUUCUUUGCCUACAUCACCAAGGACAGGGAGAACGGCAAGAACUAUUGCCACGUCUUUAGCGUCAGAAACAGGGAGUUGGCAGGUGAAAUCAUCUUGACUCUUGGGGAAGCCUUUGAAAUAGCCUACCAAUUGGCGCUAAAGGAGAGGGCGGAACAGGACGCUGCCGAGUUCGAUAAAUUGAGCACAAGCGAUGACGCUUCUUCUCUCUCAUCAUCUCAACCUUGUGUGAAUACAGUCUGAUCUAUGCCACACAACUUCACAUAUACAGUGUACAAAAAGUGUUUCAGCUGUUUCAAGGUUGCUGCUGUUUGUGACUAUGUUGUUCCAGGAGGUGGUACACAAAGAUGUACAUGCUGUGUGUACUGUGUGAUUACUAGAGCCAGUAGAGUCUCCUUCUAGAGUCUUGUCUCUCUCAUUGAAGCUUCAAGCCAAUACUGUUCUAGCCAUAACAUUGUUUCUUGUAUAAUGUAAGUGGAUGUGUGACAGAAUGACCUCUGGCCAGUCAGUACCUUGAGGGGGUGAAAAUAUUUUACUGUUGUUGUCUACCUGUGUAGUCCAUUAUGUACACACUACUUGCCAAAUCUCUUUUUGUUGUAAAAACAAAUUUCUUGAAUAUUAUCAUCACUAUUCUAGAACUAAUUACAUCAAUAUAGAUACAGUACUUGUCAAAUCUUUUUUUUUUUAUUUUCACGGUAACCAGAAACUGGUACCAUCAUUUUCAUCUUUGACCCAGUGAUUAGUAAAUUGAGAUUUAUAUUUCAUUAUUGAAAUAGGUUUUUUUUUAGUUUUUUCAUACUCGAUUUCUCUGUAAGUCAAAAUAAUCACUGAGAACUAAACUCUCACAUUUCUGUGACCUAUAACUUUCAACUAUUCAGAAGAAUGAUUACCAAAUAUUUGUCUAAGCUGACAUGAGGCAUUAUUUAGAGUUGACUGGAUUCAGGGUCUUCUGUAUUUCCAUACUGAUCAAGCUCCAUGUGAAAGUCAAAUGUUAAGCAGAAUUUGGAACCUAGACCUUUAAUAAGCAUCUAGGUGCUCUACCUCACAGCCACCCUAUCAGAUAUCACAUUGAGAAGUACUGUUUAAGAAAAAUGUAAUGGACACACACACACACACACACAUAUAUAUAUAUAUAUAUAGCAUAUGUGCUUAUACAAAUUUGAAGCAUUAGUUCAUUUGAUCAAUUGACCUAGUCUUUUUACUACUUUUAUAUUCUCUGUCUUUGUCUUUUAGUUGUAUUGUAAAUAUUUGCAUUAUUUAGAUAAUUAGAGAAAAACUUUUUAUUUUUAUUUUUCUUUAUAUAAGGAUUUUUUUUUGCCAUAUAAUUUUUGUGCAUAAUACAUCAAUACUUAUAUUUGAACUGGACUCAUUCCCUGGAUUGGGGUCAUGUUCUGGAAGAUUGACCUGGAGAUUGGAGAAACAUAAUCUGUUUCCAAAGCAAUAUGUCUCUGAUGUGUUAGUAUAUGAGCUUUAUAAAUAUAUAACAAGUUAAUCAAAUGGUUUCAUAAUACCUUAAAACCAGCUGAUUGGGAAAUGCCAGGGUUAUUAAUUAAUUGCUUCUUUUAUUUCAUAGUACUUAAAGCCACUCAGACAAUCACUAGAGAUGGACCAUUACAACUAUGUGGGCCAGUGCCAUGAAAAAAUAAUCUAUGGGCAUUUUAGGGUUGUGUGGGGAAUGUGAAAAAAAAUUGGUGAAUUUUUAGUCUGUCUCAAACUGGAGCUACGAAGCUCAAGUAUUUCAAAGGCAAGUCAUAGAAAAUACAUAAUAUUAGUCAGUUCUUUGUCCAUCGCUGCCCAUAUUGUUAAAUAGAAUGUGGCUUACCUUGUUUCUCCACAAACCAACUUAUCUAGCUCCCACAGCAGAAAGAAAGGACAUUGGUCAUGCUAAUCUCCAGUUAUGCAGUUCACUCCCACUGCCUAGAUUCCCUGCACACAACAAGAGCUCAUUGUGAUACAGUAAAAACAAUUUUCUUUUUAUUUUGUAUAUUGAUAGACACAUUUUAUUAUUGAACCUUAUUUUCUUCUAUCACACCCAUAUAUAUUUUUUUUUAAUAUAUUUGUUAAUGUUUGCUUGUUUUCGUUGGACUGGGAGAGAAGCUGAUGCUCAGGUAUGUUGUAGUGGUAGGGCUAGAACCUUAGAAACAGUCAGAGACAAUGAUGUAGUGUAUUUUUCUUUCUAAACAUUUUUUUUUUCAUGGGGGGGGGGGGGGGGGGGGGCUGGGAAUCAUCAAGUCAAAAUAUUGGGUAUUGAGGUCUUUAAUCUGUGAAUUGGCCAUGUAGGUCAUAAAUCAAGUUGUUGUUUUUUUACAGUAAUAAACUUUUUUUUCCCCUUCUAUCGAGGAAAACCUAACCUUUGGCUAUGUAUUACAUACUUAAUGUUUUGUUAUACAGAAUCAAAAGAUUGACUCUCAUAUCAAGCAUUGUUUUUAUACUAUCAGUAUGUUGAACUAUAUCAACUAACAAGUGAAAGAGACUUGUACAAAAAAAAAUGAUCUUUCCAUGUGUUGACAUUAUUUUCUGAAGAACUAUCUUCAACUGAUUGCCCUGCUGACUAUCAGUAUUUACACUUAACCACUACUUGGGAAAAUGAACCUGAAAUAAGUGCCAAUGCUAUCAGAGAACCUGAAAUAAGUACCAAUGCUAUCAGAAGGAGGAAGGUAGAUUCUUUGUUCAUACCUUGUGUUCUAUGGGAAGAUAAUGUAAAGCUCAUCUGUUUUUGUGUCUGACAUUAAAAGAGGGUGGCCUGCACAAUGACCAAUCAUUUUUACUUCUACAACUUAUGUCAGGUACUCAUUAGACUUAGUUUGGCUCAGGGGUGUCCUGAAAUUGGAGAAGCUCAAAAUGCCAAUCUUAACUGGGAUUUGAGUUUAAGUCCAUUCUUUUCAGAAGCCAAGCACCUUACCACUCAGCAACCUUACCCCCUUCCAUUAAAUAGCUGUUUUUUUGUGAAUAAUUGUAUUCAGUAGCACCCUCUUCUUUUUUGUCAUUGCAAUACGUUUUUAGUUCCAACAUAGCAGGGCUUUUGAAAGUGAUAUCAAAAUUGACUGGACCACUCAUUAGUGGGACCUCCUGAAUGUUAGAUUCAGACUACUUCAUUCUUAACAUUGGUAUUAUUAACUCUGCAUCUCAGCCUGGACAUUUAGUGCCAUUUGAAGCAGUGCUCUAGUAGUAUGAUUGAAACAAAACACUUGACAGGUUUUGAUUGCAUGUUCUUCACAUAUCAUAGCACUGAUGAAGAACACCACUUGGAUUAACUUAUAAAGACUUGCUGUCAGAAUGUGUGUGUUGUGUUGGAAUAGUAAGCUUUAUUUUGCCAUAGACUUUUAAUUGUAUUUUAAUUCACAAUUUACUUUUAUGCACACACUUGUUCAGUUAAAAAGUUAUUUUUAUUUUUACUUUCUCAUCAAUAUUGUGAUGUUGUUUUUUUUGUAAAUUUUGUUACCAUUAGAAAGAUUAUAAUAUAUUUUUAUAAGUGUUUUUUUUUUAAUUCAUUUUUUUUUAAACAAAUUUAACUUAAAUUUACUGCAUCUAUUUUGAAAUAAUCUACUUUUUUUUUGUUUUCAUAGUCAUUUCAUUGUAUAUGGAAUCAGUCCACCGUUGGCUGUCUUGAUCCACUAACUUUCUAGUGUUGUUGUUUUAGACUUAACAACAACCUGAACAAAUCAUAUAUCUACUUAAUUUUUAUCCAAUGCUAAAUGUGAUAUAACUUUGACAAUUUUUUGUUUUGUUUCUGUAUGUAUAAUUACAAUGUUUGUAUUAUGCAAGAUUAUCUGUGUAUGUUUCUGUAUGUUUUGUUCAUAAACUUUUUCUGUUCUGUGACCUAAAAGAUUUAAAUAUAUAUCUGACUAUUUGUAGUUCUUUGUUUUUCAUUGUGAUGGACUUGUGACUUUCCUUUGUGACCUUUAUAGCUGAAUGUCUCAGACAGUUGUACAUUUGAAAAACAAAGGGGCUUGGGGGGGGGGGGAUUAAGAUAAAAAAAAAAACUUUACCAAAAAGAAAUCUGUGUAUGGAUGACUUCCUAAUCAUGUGGUAUGUGUUUCUGACUGUCAUUCAAGAUGGUCUUAAGUUUGAGACCCCCUGUCAUCCAGCUGGAGGAGCUAGUAUGUCAUAUCUUUUAGUUCUGAACUACCAACUGAAAUGUACAACAAAAAUGAAUCUAUGAAAACUACUUAAUGUUUAUGUUUGACAUCAUCAGUAUUGAUUUCAUGUUUGUGUCUCUCUAUAAUUAGUCAUUGUAGGCUUUACAGCUGCUGUCAUUGUAGCAAUAGUAGUUGGAACUAGUAUCUUCCCAGCCCCUUUGUCUCUGCAAUAUGUUGAAGGCCCAAACGAUUACAACAGUGAUGAAAGAUAAUGUUAUUCUCUUGAAAGUUUUUUUUUGGGGGGGGGGUUCAGAUAUUUUCAUGAAGCCAGACCAAAAUGCUUUUUUUUUUCAAACCUCUAAACACUGGAGAUAGAAUGUGAAGAAAAUAAAAAAAAACAUUUUUAAUACUUCAUCAAUUCAACAUUUUUUAUUUCCUGCCAUGUUUAACAAGUGGGUGCCAGGAGGUAGAUUUAGAUUUUGUGAGAUUAUGUUUAGUGUUAGGUUUUAUUUAUUUCAAUGGAAUAUUAUUACAAUGUAGGAAAUACAUUUGUUUUAUAUUAAUUUCCCAAACAGUAAUUGGUCUUUGUGAAUACUUUGUCCUCAUCUGCCUCUCACUUCUGACAUGUUUUUAAUUCAUCUUUCUGUUUAGCUUCAAUAGAAUACGUUCCUGAACUGAAUGGACACAUUUUUUCUUGUCAAUCCUAAUGUAUUUCUUUGUUCGUUCUAUUAGCAGAGAACUUUCACCUUUUGUUUGAAUGUACUAAGAUUGUCUUUUCAAAUUGUAUCCUUUCAUCCUGUAAGUAGCUCUUAGCUUAUCUAGACUGAACAAUGAACCCACCACAACGAAAUGCAAUGCAAUGCACUUUCCAUUCUCUUUUAAUCUAUUCUUAAGCUCAACUCUUAUAACUGGUUUGUGCCUGAUGGGCAAUUAGUAAUUAAUUGAAACUCUUGUAUUUCGUAUAAAUUAUUUAGUGAUGUCCAAAUAAAAAAAAAAUUCAAAAAAAUAUUUCCCAUGAUCUUUGAUGUCACUAAAACCUGGCACUUCUAUGCCUAGAACUCCACAUCUAAUAAUUUGGCUUUAUUCUAGUGUCCAAUAGUUAAUCUGGAUACAUAGACCAGCUAGUAGCUAGCUACAUUAAACUCUAGGCACUGUUCUAUUGCAGUGAUUCCCAAAGUGGAGCAUGCAUACCCCCAGGGGUACGGGAAGACGUUGGAGGGUGGGUACGCGUUGCACCUCAUUAACUAUGCUGAUUUUUUUUAAAUACCUAUUUAUUCUCUAAAUUAAAGUGUGGUUGGGGGGGGGGGGUGAGGGGUACUCAGAGUUACAAAAAUUAUAACAGGGGUACACAGAGGUCAAAAGUUUGGGAAACACUGUUCUAUUGGACUCAUUGUCUUAUGUUGGCUUUGAUAGUUCCAAGUUGUGUUCUUUCUUCCCUCAGAUUGAGUCCUUCAGAAGAUUGGGCUGGGCAUUUUGUACAGUGACAAGACAUAGGCCCAACUUAAAGAUUUUCUAUGAUGCUAUUUGGCAAGUCCAACGAUCUUUAAACCUCAUUUACAACAUACUUUGUCUGAUAGCUCGUCCUAGUAGUGGAUUACCAGGGCUGCUAAUGACCAUUUGAACAUUGAUCUAUUUAGAACAUGUGUUAUCUUUUCUAUGUUCAUCUUUGUUUGGGGAGAUGCCAAUAGUGGCUAAUCGUUUGCUUACUUAUUCAUAGUUGCAAUCAUAUCGGUACAGUUAGUUCCCUUGUGCAUUCAAAAUGGCUAUGAUUUCUUUAUCGAGUGAGAGGAGACUUGAAUAAUGUUUUCUACUUAGAUUAGUCAUAAAUGGGGGUGGGGGUGUCUUUUAUGUUCUAUUCACUAUUUUUCGUUGAUUGUGAACUGAAUGCUUUGUUUAUUCUAUGUUUCAGUACAUUGCCAUACUUGACAAAUGACUCAAUAAAACAUUCUUUGUUUUUUUAUUUUCA